AUGGCUAAAGCAUAUACAAUUUCUGAAUUUAAAAGUCUAAUGAAGAAGGUCAAACAAAUAGAUGUUAGGGUGAAAGAGUACUUCCAGAAGGAUGGUUAUGACAAGUGGACUAGGGUGUAUGCUACUGUAAAUCAUGAUUUUACACUCACAUUAAACAGUGCAGAAAUCAUAAACAAGCAUCCAAAGAAAGCGAGGGAAUUGCAUAUAUAUGAUUUCUUAGAGAAAGUUGUACCUACAACGAACUAUGUUUAUGCUGUGCUACAUGAAGAUAGACGUUAUAUCGUUUGUUUGGAGAGGAAGACAUGUACUUGCCAUAGAUUUCAAAUUGAUGAAAUUUUGUGUGCUCAUGCUUAUGCAGUGUUAAAGAGCAAAUAUUUUGAAGCUGAUGAUUACUGCUCUAACUUAUACAAGCUAGUAGCAGUGUUGGGCACGUAUGAGAUUCCUCUAUUACCACUGCCUGAUAGGUCUACAUGA